CCGCCGAAAACAGCAAUGUCCCUCUACAAACAGCACAGAAAAAUCAGAAAGGGCGACCAAGGUUCCCAUCUAAGUGUCUAACUGGGAUGGAGCGCGCAAAGCAGCAGGCGGGCAUAAGCAAGCAUGUCUACCUCACCUUGGCCCUUUCCCAACCCGAGCAACACCUCCAUUCUUCCCCAUCUUCCCCAUCUCCUCCGUCUCGCCGUCUCCAUCUUUCCGUCGAUGCUGCAACCGGCACCAAAUCAUCGCCCGACCUUCGUCGAAUCCGUGUUGGAAACAUGAUCGCAAUGUUGGGUCUUCAAGAUCGGAAUUAUUGGGGCUCGUUGUAUGAAGCUCGGUAAAGCGGACGUAGGCGGGGUUGGGUAAUUCCUAGAAAGGAUUGUCGCAAGGAGCAAGGGCCCAGCCAACUGCUUUUCGAGCAUAACUGUCAUGAAUCAUCCCGCGUCAAUCCCUCUGAUGAGCCACAGCCCCCCAUCCCAGACACCUUACACUCU